GGCUGCUAGUGUAGAGGAGAAAUGGACAAAAAAUACACUGUGAGGUAUCCUGGAAAACAGAUUGGUGAAAGAUGAGUGAAGUGUCCAGAAUCAGCUAUCUAGAAAGGCUCUCUUCAAAGAAGGUGGCAUUUAAGUAAAGACCUGAAGGAGGCAAGAAACAGCUACACCCUCAACGAAAGGCAGCAGCAACAGCAAAGGUCCUGUGGUGUCUGGUGUGCAUUUAGAAUAGCAGGGAGCAAUGGAGGAUGGAGUGAGGACAGCAGGGUGCCAUGAUCGUGCUGUCCUGCUGUACGAGUAUGUGGGCAAGCGAAUUGUGGACCUGCAGCACACAGAGGUCCCCGAUGCCUACCGUGGGCGUGGCAUUGCCAAGCACCUUGCCAAGGCUGCCCUGGAUUUCGUAGUGGAGGAGGAUCUGAAGGCCCAUCUCACGUGUUGGUACAUCCAGAAGUACGUCAAGGAGAACCCCCUGCCACAGUACCUGGAGCGCCUGCAGCCGUGACCUCCAGGCAAGCACCCUGCGGUCUCCCUCCAUGUGGACUCCCUAGACCGAGUGCUCUCAGGACCCUGCUCCCAGGAGCAGGCUCAGAGUUAUUUUUGUAAGGAUGCACAUCCAGCCCGGGACAAGGUUCCUGAAGGCAACUGCCUGAGGCUGGGCAGUGCCGCAGUGACUGAGAGAAGGGGAAGCCAGAUGGCCGAGGUCCCCACGGCCCCCUCUUGCAGAGACCCUCCAGCUUUGCACAGACCUUCUGUGGGCAGUGCAAGCGGACCUGAGGGCAACUGGAUCCCUGCUCUGUGAUCAGCAAGAGGCCAUUGUGGGAUCCCUGCCACCAUCUCUGAGAGCUGCGUCCUUUCUGCACAUGAGGAGGAUGCUUCCAGAGCCAAGAGGAGCAACAAGAAACUUGAUGUGCCAACUUCCGAGGGUCGUAGUGCCAAGCCUCAGCUACCACUGGCACUAUCCCCUUCUCUUUCUCAGACUUUGGUGCCCUGGCACAGACAGACAGCAGAGCCACAGUAAAGGGCUGUGUACCUGACGUGAGAGAUAAGAGUGGCAGAUGGAGCUCCAGCCCGGGCUUCCGUACUUCACUGCACCGAUGCUUAUACCAACACGUGGGUGUGGACAGGAUGGGGGCAAUGAGUAUCUUCCUCCCCUUGGUACCCUUGUUUUCUGUCCACUCUGCCAAAAACAAGGCCGCUCCCUGCCCUAGGAGCUGUUCACCUCUCCACCCCCCAUCUGCCAGGAACCAGCCCUCCCUAGACACCCUAAGUUGCUGCAGCCUAAUGAGUAUCACAGGGUCCUCAGCCCUUGCUGGCCUUUUUGCUACUGCCUGUCUGGGCUUUGUCAAGAAGGCUCACCUUGGAACUGGGGGGAGGAGGGAGGCAUGAUGCCUCCCAACAAGCAUAAUUGUUACCCAAGAGGCAGGAGUUCAGCCCAAGGGGUUUCCCUUGCUGCCACUAGACGCCGGAGUGUUCUCUUUUGUAGCUGCUGUGGCAAGGUCUAUCUCGAGUCCCAGGGUCCCUCCUACACCAGCCUUCCUGGUGACACCCUUGGGGAAACUCACUUAGUAUACCUUGGCCCUGGGGUACCCACCUUUCUGGGGCCCUGUGUUUCCCCUUUGGGGACGGUGAGGGCUUAGGAUCUUGACCUCUUUGCCUUGUUCCCCACAAGGGUUGAGUUCAAUCCUCCACAGAGAUUAAGGGUGACUCAGGAGUCAAGAUUCCUUUUGGGGUGAGGUGUCAGUAAAUAGCAAAUCCUCUCCCAGACCUCUGGGAGUAUCUGGAGUGGGCUCAGGGUACCCCAGCAAGAGGCUAACAGGCCCCCACACCUCCCUCCUCCAGUACACAAGCUCAGGGCAGGUGGAUUCUGGGGUGCUGGUUGCCACUGUGACUCCUCCCUUUGGUGCUGGCCUGGCCUGUGGGUGUCUUUUCCACUUUUCUCACUGCCCUAGUCUUGUUAUAGAGACCGCUCCCAGCUCUCCUUUCUCAGCCACAGCAGCUCAGGCCUAUCCCAGACAUAUAUACUCA